UCAGUCGGUCUUUUUGGCGUGGCUUCGGUCGGGGUUGGUCGUGUUCUGGGAAGAUUUGUAAUUCUAGUCCGUGUACGCCACGUUCAAAAGAAAAUUUUAAAUAAUAUUAUUAAUUAAAUAAGCAGUUUAUUUAUUAAAGCAAAAAUGCGGCCACAAAAUGGUGACGACGGUUUUGAUGAGCCCGAGGUUCACCGAAAAAUCUUCAUCGGUGGGUUAAACUACCGAACAACAGAUGAAUCUCUUAAAUCACAUUUUGAAAAAUGGGGAGAAAUCGUGGACGUUGUUGUUAUGAAAGAUCCAAAAACGAAGAGAUCACGCGGCUUCGGUUUCAUCACUUAUUCCAAAGCACACAUGGUAGAUGACGCUCAAAACAACAGGCCCCAUCGUAUUGAUGGACGUUUUGUGGAAACAAAGCGAGCAGUUGCAAGACAAGAUAUUAAGAAUCCAGAAGCUGGUGCAACUGUAAAGAAAUUGUUUAUUGGCGGUAUUAAGGAUGAUCAUGAUGAAGAACAAUUAAGACAGUAUUUCUCUAAUUAUGGUGAAGUGAAAAAUGUCAGUAUAGUCACAGAUAAGGCAACUGGCAAAAAGAGGGGCUUUGGAUUUGUUGAGUUUGAUGAUUAUGACCCUGUAGACAAAAUUUGCUUAAAUGCCCCACACAAAGUAAAUGGUAAACAAUUGGAUGUUAAAAAGGCAUUGCCAAAGGAUGGCUCUGAUCAAAGAGGUGGAAGACAGGGUGGUGGCCCUGGUAGAAAUGACAACUGGGGUGGUAAUGGUGGAGACAUUUCAGGUGGAUAUGGAAACAACCAAGGAGGUUGGAACAAUUCUAACCCAUGGGAUAACAACCAGGGUGGUUGGGGAGGUGGCAACCAAGGGGGUGGUGGGUAUGGGGGUGGAAAUCAAAGAGGAGGAUGGGGUAACCAAGAGUUUGGUAACUAUGGUAAUCAAGGAUAUAGCGGUGGGCCGACAAGGAACCAGCAGUAUGGUGGGAACAACAGGUCGACUCCAUACAACAUGAACCAGGGAGGCGGUGGUGGCGGCAGCGGCGGCGGCUACGGAGGUGGCAACUACGGAGGCCAGGGAGGCCGCGGAGGGAGAUUCUAAAUGUUACGUGCUAAGUACACUAGUAGUGCAGAGUAUAUCGUGCUAGUGUAGGCGCUCCGGAGCUCGAUAGUUACACCUCAUGGUCUACACUCGAGACCACCUAGGAGAAGGCGUCAGGAAAAUUAGAUGAUAGAUAGAUCGUAACAUUAUCUUUUAGAAGGAAUAUUUUAUUAAUUAUUUUUACUAUGUACUGAUAUGUAAGUUCGCUAUUUAUUGUGGUACUUAGGUACUUAUCGUGACAUACUGUUAAGGACACGUAUACUUUGUGAAAUAAAAUACAUUUACUUUUUCAUAAAUAAGUACAAUUUAGGAUUUAAUGUUUGGAGUUGUGUAGAAGCUAGACGAGAAAGGACAGUGUUAGUUGACUUUAGAUGGAUAAAUCAUCAUGAUUAAUUUAUUUUCCUGACUCAGUAUUAAGUUCUCAAAUAGAUGUUGUAAGUGUUUAGGUUAUAGAAAUGGACUUAUAGGAUAAUUUGAUGUAAAAUAAAUUUUAAUACAAAAUCUGUAGGGUUGUUUCUUUAGAUCUGUAAAUAGACCUUUUAUUAAAUCAUUGUUAGAAAUUAAGUUCGUAUUAUAUCUCAGACACUAGAAGGUUUAAAUGCUAGAAAAAUAAUAGGAUACUGCAAUUAAAAAAUGAUAAGAAUUAUAUUCAAGUGGAGUAUGUAGCUUCAAACCAUCUAGUAGUUUUAUCAUAAACAGAUACCUUAUAUAAAUAUUAAGUAGAUACUACAUACAUACAUAGAUGUUUCAAUAAAUUAAUCACAUUGCGUGGUGUUUAGUCAUUUUACCCUAAAAAUAAACUGUUUAUGCAUGUUAGUUACAGAUAUCAAAUAUUUUUCUAAGAAAGUGGAUUACACAUAACUACUUAUGUCUUCAUUAAAAGAUCGAUUAACAAUUUAUCUUGACUUUCUAUUAUUAUAGCAUUUAAAUUAUUGUAUACAUACCUGUAUUUCUUUUUGCUUUAUUUUCUACAUCUCCAUCACAUACCUCUGGUUUAGCCAAAAUGGUUGUUUUUGUACCUACUAUACCAGGCUGUGAUAUUCUUCAACGACAUGCAAACUUUCUGUUUAGAAAAAAUAUUUAGACAUGCAUUGAACAUUGUACCUAGGUAAUUUAACAUUCAUAAGAGUAAUUUCGCCUGUAAAUUUUGCGUCACAACUUUGAUAGGACAUAGGUACCUAGUUUGAGUUGGUAUUGAAUAAAGAAGUACCUACCGGUUAACAGGUUAGUUGAAUGCAUAUAAGAUACAAAUUAUUACCUAUCUUCUUUACUAUUUAUUAGUAAUAAUAUGGCACGGUCUGCCAAAUGGAUUGUUAAAUCGACCUACAUACCUAUUUAUCUGACGCGGUAGGUAUGUAUAGAUGCAAAUAAUGCCUAUGUAUGGGAAUCCUUCAUCCUUGAUUCAUAAGUACCUAUAGACUACAGACCCAACCUGUAUCGAUGAGUACUAUCUGAAAAUAGGUUAUAGUUCGUACAGUUGAGUCAUCACAUGAAACACGUUGUGAGACGUACAUAGGUGUGUCAAAUAUUUUAGCUAGCUACCUACCUACAUUUUUCAAUAGCUGGAAACCUAGUUUCCUUUUUAGCAACAACAUAGUUACCAAUGUGGAAAUCAUUCAUCGAGAUCUAUAGAGCUUUGAGUUUUAUACCUACCUACGUUACUUCUCGCUAUUUGCAAUAUUACACCAAAUACCUACACAGUGCCUAGAAAAGAGAACGAAUCUGUCAUGUUUAUCUAUGAUUGCCUACGCAAAUCAAAAGUAGGUAGGUAUGCGCAGCAAAAAGCUAUUAGCAAAUAUUCCGAAAAUAUUAAUGGGCAAUUGACAUACAUAAUGUAUGUACCUAGUUAAUAAUUUGUGGUAGGUACCUAAUUCUUUAGUAAGCGGAGUAGUGAUGUUCAAAACAUUUGAUAGUAGCAGGUGUAAACUAGGUAGGUACAUGAAUUAAAACAUGACCUAAAAUACCAUCGUAUCACACAACUUUCACUAGGUAUGUAUUUUUUUUCUCUAUAUUUUAUGAUUUAUUUACAUAUGGCAUCGGGAAACUGAGCAUCGAGUCGCAUUUGCAUUCUGGUAAGUUUCUGUAAAAUUUAUUUUUUUAAUUUACAUAUAUUUUUUUUAAAGAAUGAUUUAUUUCACCAAUAAAUGAUGAAUAAUAAGA